AUGACCAUCAAAAUGAACCUUAAUCGUGGCAUAAAUGCCACUCAUCAACCUCAGACUGAUAAAGUGAGUUGGAAGAGACUUGUCUGUAUCAACCAAGCUUCUCUUAAGAGUAUUUUCAUAACUUGGUUGGCUCUACAGAGUAGAAUAGUGACUAAGGACAGGCUUAUUCAAUGGAAUAUUAACUGUGAUCCUUUGUGUUUCUUUUGCCAAAAAUUUGAUGAGAGUGUUGCUCACUUAUUUUUCUCCUAUUCUUACUCUAGAGAAAUUUGGCAGAAAAUCCUUGGUUUGUUGAAAAUUCAGAAGAUAGUUCAGAGUUUUGAUCUUGAACAACAGUGGGCUACAAGGUAUUGCAGGAAAUCUAGCAGGAAGUGCAGGCUUUAUUUUAAGUUCUUUGUUGAGACUGUUCAUAAUAUCUGGUUUCAGAGAAACAAUCUAAUUUUUAAUGGCAGUUGUCAACCUGCAGACUUGGUCUUCAAAGAUAUUGAUUAUAGGGUUGUUGUUAGGUGUACUGAAUCUGAUCGAAAGUUUUUGUAUCUGUGA